AUGCUGCAAUUAGUAUUUAUUUUGCAUUUUGGUGGUUAAUUAAACCCCAACGGAAUUGGGGAUCAUAUCAAUUUGGUGAAGAAUUGAAUUGAAGGUUCCUUGUAUCUGGGUGUGGAGGGCCGAGGCAGUUUAGUGAUGUUCUAUGGCGCGGCGGCGUGGGACCCGUGGCUGAUAGUGGCGCAAAUUGUGUGCCUUCAAUGUCUGUACUACCUCACUCUAGGGCUAUGCCUAUCGCUUCUCGUCGCUCCCCGCGUCGCCAAGAUGAGCCUCGUCUAUUUCUUCGAUUUCGCCACUGUUACUGAUUGGGGCGUUAUCGCUUCCAUUUUUCUCACCUCUAUUGCCGGAGCUGGAGUUUUGGUUUAUUUAGUUGAGAGAACAAGGAAAUGCUUGGAUUUUUCCUCUACCCUUUACAUCAUACAUCUUUUCAUUUGCUUGUUGUAUGGAGGUUGGCCCUCAACUAUUACCUGGUGGGUCGUCAACAUUACUGGCUUAGCAGUGAUGGUACUGUUAGGUGAACAUUUAUGCAAGAAACGUGAGUUACGAGACAUUCCAGUUGGAAGAUACAGAUCAAAUGUCUGAUUGCAACUAGAUGCUGAACUCACGAAGGUGAGGGUACCGCGUGCGGCUUUUCAUUAGACAUCUUGCUAGCAAAAUAUUGUAUGAAGACGGAGCCUUAUGAUGUCUGUCGUAAUUCUUGCCCAGAUUAAAUGUAAAUAUAGAAUUGAUUUUGAUUUUGGGAUUUCAAGUUUUUAAUUGAUGUGAGAUUUUUUACA